AUGGUCGGGCGCUGUGAUUGGCUGACUGGAGGUCACAUGACCCGAGUCCGCGGGAAGAUGGCGGAGCAGGCGGGCGCCUCGCCCGAGGACCCCUGGGGGAAGGUGGAUUCUGCGUACAGUGACAGUGGACUGGAUCCCUCACUCUUUGUGGAAAGCACUAGGAAAGGAAGCAUAGUAUCCCGAGCUAACAGCAUUGGCUCCACCAGUGCCUCCUCAGUCCCCAAUACAGAUGAUGAAGACAGCGAUUAUCACCAGGAAGCCUACAAAGAGUCAUACAAGGACCGACGCAGACGCGCUCACACCCAGGCCGAGCAGAAGAGACGAGAUGCCAUCAAGAAAGGCUACGAUGAUUUGCAGGCCAUUGUUCCCACGUGCCUGCAGCAGGAUUUCUCCAUUGGCUCCCAGAAACUGAGCAAAGCCAUCGUCCUGCAGAAAACCAUUGACUAUAUUCAGUUCCUCCAUAAGGAGAAGAAGAAGCAGGAGGAGGAAGUUUCUACACUCAGGAAAGAUGUCACAGCUUUGAAAAUCAUGAAAGUAAACUAUGAGCAGAUUGUGAAAGCUCAUCAGGAUAAUCCAAAUGAGGGGAAAGACCAGGUCUCUGACCAAGUCAAGUUUAAUGUUUUCCAAGGCAUCAUGGAUUCACUGUUCCAGUCCUUUAAUGCCUCCAUCUCGGUAACGAGUUUUCAGGAACUUUCUGCCUGUGUCUUCAGCUGGAUUGAAGAGCACUGUAAGCCCCAGACUCUGCAGGACAUCGUGCUUGGGGUUCUGCAUCAGCUGAAGAAUCAGCUCUUUUGACUCUCUCCCUGCCCUUGCCCCAGCAGCACGGGCCUGCGCUCAUCAUCCACACUGCUGUGGGGUGCCGCCCAGCAGGGAGGGAGUUGGGAAACAGACUCCAGGAAGGGCUGGUCUGUUUCCCUUGGGGUUGUUCUUAAAGCUUCUCUCUGGAUUAUUUAUUGUAUUGACCAAAAACCAAAACUGGGCCGUACAUACCUCUCCACAGACCCUGUCGCAGUCUGUAGCACUAGAGGCUGCGUAGGGACUCAGUCAGCAGAGAAGGGAGUUUAGAUGUGAUGAAAUACACUUCUCGUUGCCCCAAAGGAAGGCAAGAGAGGCUCUCGCCCAAACUGGCAUGGCAGUGAACGGACCUCGCCUGAGCCCCUGACUCUUUGCAGUAGCUCAGCUGGUGGGAGGGAUCUGCUCUGUAGCAGUCAGACUGUCCUGCUCCCUGAAGGGGGGGAAUGGCAUGGAGUCUAACUACUGCCUGGUCAUCUGAGCACUGACCAUCUUCUGCCUGGUGGGAUGCAUGCCCUGAAAACCGGGGCCUGGGCGUGAGCUGUAGAACAGAUGGAACACGGGCUGUUUGGUUUCCAGGUAAGCACUUGCUGACAUUGCAGCUACCCAGGCACCUUUCCAUAGAGCAAUGCAGGGUGACCUCCCCCCCGCCCCAGCUAGUUGCCACAUUAGGAUUAAAGACUUUGGCUGGGCUAUGAACCCUCCUGCACCAGGCAACAAACUGUCCUCUACAAAAGGGGGUUAGGAAGAAGCUUCCCUUGGCACAGGUUCUCCCAUCACUGCAGGCUUUCUUGCACCUUCCUCUGAAGCAGCUGGUUCUAGUUACUGUCGAGAUGGGUUCUGGACUAGCAAUUCCUGUGUGCCUCAAUCCUGAUUAUCUAGUUCUGCCUAGGGAUGGAAGGCUGCUUCCUUUACUGGUGCAGAAUGACUUUCCAAAAAGCCAUGCAAAGGAAGCUGGUGGGCUGGCCCCUCACUGCCACAAGGAGAGGUACUUAAUCCAUGGCCUCGACCUUCGCUUGAGCCAGCUACUGACUCGAGCCAUGUUUCCUAAACAAUUAAACAUGAGUGCAGCUUUCGCUACAGCCUUCUCCAGCUUUAUCAGCACAGAGGCUGAUCUCUGUCGGGCUUUAUAUGACUUGGAACUUUUUGAUAAAGUCACACUGUGUGGGAAAGUAGAAUAGUGUAGCACAGAGUUGCUGUGAAUUCUAAGUAGACGUCUGCUCUUGUUUAGAAUGAUAGUUUUAUAUCUAAUAAAGCCUUGAUUUUUGUAAUGCAUUG